UAUUACUCGUACCGUGUGCUGGCCGCGAGACAGUCGUGUGUGAUCAGUUCUAGCAAAUGUUGAUUAUUACAGUUAAACGUAAAGACCAGUUAGUUACAAAGUGAAUGUGAAUCAUCAGCUGAUAAUAUCCGUUAUUCGGUUCGGUGAACAGUGCGUGAUUUGAAUUUUAUAGCUCCAAAUGCUCGUAAUUCGAUAAUACGUGACGCACAAUCGAUUAAUAUGACGGUGCCACCAAACACUCAAUCAAUCGUCAUCGGUGUAAUCGAGAGUAAACCUAUUAAACCUAAUUCAGUCUCCAAAUCGAUAUCAACUUGGUGUGCAAUACAAUGGAAGGGAAUCUUAGCCGAGUUCUUGGCUACAACGCUAUUGAUAAUAUUUGGAUGCAUGUCAUGUAUACCUAUAGAGGGAUUAUCACAGAAUCCUGCUCUAUAUGCACCAUUAGGUUUCGGUUUAGCAGUCAUGUUUAAUAUACAGAUAUUUGGUCACAUAUCUGGUGCAUAUAUGAAUCCUUUCGUUACAAUUACUGCUGUCAUAUGGGGUAAAAUAACGUUAUCACUUGGCAUAGCUUUUAUAAUCGUUGAAUGUGCUGGUGCAAUUUUAGGCUAUGGAUUCCUACUUCUUGUUUCCCCUGUCGAUAUGGUAGCCGAAGGAAUAUGUUUAACACAGCUGCACAGAAACAUUAACGAGAUCCAAGGGUUUGCUAUUGAGGUGGUCUUGACGGCAGCACUUUCAUUUAUAAACUGUGGUGUGUGGGAUCCAACAAAUGAACAUAAACAAGACUCCAGCCCAUUGAAGUUUGGUUUGACCAUAGUUGGAUUAUCUGUAGCUGGUGGCCCUCUAACCGGAGCUAGUAUGAAUCCAGCUAGAACAUUGGGACCUGCAGUUUGGAAUAAUAAUUGGGACGGCCAUUGGGUGUACUGGGUGGGGCCUUUAUUCGGUGGUAUUUUAGCAGCUGUUAUCUAUAAAUAUAUAUGGCUAGAUAAACGGAAGCAAGAACAAUAAUUAGCAUAAUUAUUUUAAACAUUUAUACGAUGUAACACUGUAAAUAUCAAAUGCAUUUCAAAUGCAAGCAUGAAGAUUUCGUUAUAACUUUAUUUAUACCUAUAUUGCCAACUUAGUUACGGGCCGUUUACCUUCACACACUUUAAACAUGGCGUUAUAAAUAUAUUAUAAGUUAUAU